AUGGCGACAGUUUUCAGUGUCUGCUCUCUUCUAAUGGCAUUCCUCUUUGCUGUUUCUGCAUCUUUUCAACUCAACGACCCUGAUUGGUACUUCUGGUUUCCCUUAUACACCUGCGGUUGCAUUGUGAACCUGGCGAAUGGACUCUGCCGAUUCCCCAAAACACCAACUUUGGCUAAACUUACAUUAUGGCUUGGGGUAUGCUUAUUCAUCAAAGUAGCGGUAGAAGGUCUUGCUAUUGGAGGAGUUUCUGUACUCUGGUCUAUAGAUAUGAGGGAAAGGGUUGUCAGGGAGAAGAACGGCAGCGGACUAGUCACCGCUUCCAUGUAUGUGCACCUAAUGAAACAGCUAUCAAGACACCAUCAACCAACGAGGCAUGAAGCUGAACCUGCAACACUUAUUCAAAAUGGAAUGUUGCUCACACUGGUCACCGUCGGUUAUGGUGUGUCUGUUCUAUUCUAUCUCCGCCAUCAUCAGGAGAUGAGAUUCUGA